AAAGGGGGCUUAAAGAGGGGGUUUUAUGAGCAAAAUGGGAGACAAUUACCUUCCGCCUUCAAUCUCAAACCCUAACUCCACAAUUAUGUCUUCUUCUUCUUCUUCAAAUUCCUCGCAAACCCACGAACCAAAUCUCCAAUCCAACACAAAUACCGAAACCCAAGAAGAAAUUAUCAAAAAAGACGAGGAAAAACAAGACGAAGAAGAAGAAGAAGAAGAAUGUGGGUUCUGUUUAUUCAUGAAAGAAGGUGGAUGUAGAGAGAGUUUUAUCGAUUGGGAAAAAUGCGUUGAACCAGGGGAAAAUAACAAUGAAGACAUUGCAGAAAAAUGUUUCGAAGUUACUUCUGCUUUGCAGAAAUGUAUGGAAGCUCAUUCUGAUUAUUAUGCUCCAAUUUUACUGGUAGAGAAAUAUGUAGAAGCUAAGGUUAUUGCUGAAUCUGAGAAGAACACAGAAUCCAUUGAGCAGAAAGAGGAAUUGUAAUUUUGUUUUUUUUUAAAAAAAAUAAUUUUAUUAAAAGUGCUACAGAUUUUCAGUUCAUACAAAUUAGAAUUGUAAUUUUUAUUGUAUUCAUUGUGUAUGCAAUCGGUGUUUACUUGAUAAAUUA